CUUGUAAACUAAUAUAUAUUCCCAAUUCAAUUCAUUCCAUUUUCCAAUUACCCAAUUUGCCCUCGCUCUUCGUCUCUCUACUGUCUUCUUCUUCUUCUUCUACCCCUCAGGCUGUUACAUAGCACCCUGAGAAGAAGAGGCCUUCAAAGUUUCAGACUUUCGCAUUAACUCGCAUUAAUUUUCAGCACAACUGCACAAGCACAAAUCAAUGCCCGGACUAGCUAUGGAUGCUAUGAAUCGAAACGGCGAUGUAGAUGAAUCAAAUGGAGAUUAUGCGCCUCAAAAGGAAAGCUACAGCCAGCAGGGCUCUCCGAGAAGUACGUUGAGUUCUCGGAGUGGCUCCAUCGGUAUGGCUAUGAAUGGCGGGAUUGAUACCUCUAUUGAGCAGUUAUAUCACAACGUCUGCGAAAUGCAGAGCUCGGAUCAAUCCCCUUCCCGGGCCAGCUUUGGAUCGUUCGGUGGGGAAUCGAGGAUUGAUUCCGAACUAAACCAUCUUGUCGGAUAUGCUCGACAGGAUUUGGAGAUAAGGAAAGAGGUUGUUGUGGAAAACAAGGAGGAGGGUGUUUGUAGUGACUCAACUCCUGAGAAAGCAAAUGUAUCGGAUGAUAAACGGUCUCCAACGAAAGUGAAGUCUCCAUCUGCGAAAACAAGUCCGAAGAGCAAAUCUCCUGAUGAGAAGCCUCCGCAUCCGAGAAAAGGCAAUGCACUAUUGUCGAAGAACAAGCUGAGGAGUUUUGUUUUACGCGGCAGCGUGAGGUUUCAGAAUGGAGUCGAUGAUCAUCCUCCUGAAGCCGUGUUGGAUAACCCUGAUCUCGGGCCAUAUUUGCUCAAGCAAACAAGGGAAAUGAUUGCUUCGGGCGAAAACCCCAAGAAAGCGCUUGAGUUAUCUCUCCGUGCAGUGAAAGCGUUCGAGAAAUGCACUGGUGAGAAGCCUAAUUUGGAGUUCGUUAUGUGUUUGCAUGUUUUGGCAGCAAUCUAUUGCAGCUUAGAGAAGUACAAUGAGGCAAUUCCAGUCCUCGAGCGUGCCAUUGAUAUUCCGGCGAUAGAGGAUGGUGAUAACUAUGCACUAGCAAAGUUUGCAGGGUGCAUGCAAUUAGGUGACAUUUAUGCAAUGACCGGUCAGAUUGAGAAUUCAAUUUUGUUCUAUACAGCAGGUAUGGAAAUUCAAAGGCAAGUCUUGGGAGAAAAGGACCCGCGAUUGGGUGAGACGUGUCGUUAUGUAGCUGAGGCACAUGUGCAAGCAUUGCAAUUCGACGAUGCUGAGAAGCUCUGUCAGAUGGCUCUUGAAAUCCACAGGGAAAAUGGUUCUGCUUCGCUUGAGGAAGCGGCAGAUAGAAGACUCAUGGGACUGAUCUGUGACUCAAAAGGGGAUUUCGAAGCUGCUCUUGAGCACUAUGUUUUAGCAAGCAUGUCAAUGUCUGCCAAUGAUAUGGAAGCGGAUGCAGCAUCAAUCGAUUGUAGCAUUGGAGACGCGUAUCUAUCUUUGGCAAGGUAUGAUGAGGCGGUGUUUUCUUACCAGAAAGCACUUACUGUGUUCAAGACAACGAAAGGAGAGACACAUCCGACAGUAGCUUCUGUUUACGUUCGUUUAGCUGACUUGUACAACAAGAUAGGAAGGUUUAAGGAGUCCAAAUCCUACUGCGAAAAUGCACAUCGAAUUUAUGGGAAACCUAAUCCCGGAAUCCCCUCAGAAGAGAUUGCCGGUGGUCUCAUUGAUGUUGCUGCAAUCUAUCAAUCCAUGAAUGAUCUGGAACAAGCCCUGAAGUUGCUCAAGAAGGCUUUGAAAAUCUUCGGCAAUGCUCCGGGCCACCAGGGCACAACUGCAGGAAUUGAGGCUCAGAUGGGGGUAAUGUACUAUAUGAUGGGAAAUUACACUGACUCAUACAACACAUUCAAGAGUUCCAUAACAAAGUUCCGCGCCACGGGAGAAAAGAAAUCGGCAUUGUUUGGGAUUGCACUGAACCAAAUGGGGUUGGCCUGCGUUCAGCGGUUUUCGAUCAACGAGGCUGCAGACUUGUUUGAAGAAGCCAGGAACAUCUUGGAGAAGGAGUAUGGACCUUAUCACCCUGACACAUUGGGGGUUUACAGUAAUUUAGCUGGCACAUAUGAUGCAAUGGGCAGGUUGGAUGCCGCCAUCGAGAUUCUGGAGUAUGUUGUUGGCAUGAGAGAGGACAAGCUUGGAACAGCAAAUCCGGAUGUGGCGGACGAGAAGCGGAGGUUGGCGGAGUUGUUGAAAGAAGCCGGCAGGGCUAGGAACCGGAAACCCAGAUCGCUGGAGACACUUCUCGACACCAGCAAACCCCCACAGAUCAUAAAACACGACAUCAUCGAGGUAUUGUGAUGGAAUGAAGUAUGUAGGAUCAUAUGUAAAGAUUUUUAGGUGGUGGAUGGAAAGUCAAAAGGAAAAAAGAGUAAAUAACGAGAAAAAUAGAAGGGGUUUUGGUAUGAAUUUUUUGUGCAAAUAUUUGUUGAAGUGUUACAGAAAAAUAGAAGAAAAAAAAGUGACAAGGUUUGGUGAUUUAUUGAAUUGUAUUUUUCCACGUGAAGGCUUGGCGCAAAAUCGAACGCAGCGGCGUUCUAGGAUUCAUACAGCUGACUUCACUUAGUGGGAUAAAGCUUUGUUGUAUCUUAGACGUGAGAAAUUUCUUUGUGAGAUUCUUCAUUGUUAAAUGUAUUUGUUCGAAAAUGUCAAUGUCAAAUACUCAAUAAAGAAUUGGUGGAGCAUCAUUUUCCAUUUU